GCGUCGCAUCUGGUCAAAGGCGAGAGCCAAUCGGUUAGCUCCUUUGGCUGUGUUUUGAAUCAGAGGCAAUUUUAACCGUCGGGCGCCGAGGAAUCUGGGAGAAAGCGGUGUAGACAUAUACCCAAAUAAAUAAGUGAACUAACGCGCAUCUUGAAGUGGAAAAGCAGCAGAUGAAGAUGGAUUUGAACUCUAUGAAGUAUGCGGAGCUGCGAAGCAUCGCGAAGGAGUUGGGGCUGAAGGCAAACAUGAAGGCCGAUAAGCUCCUGAAAGCCAUUAAGCAUCACUAUGAAAAAGAAAAAAACAAUGACGAAGAAGCGCAGGUCCGAGUAGAUGAAAGUGCAGCUUCAGACAGCGGCCAGGAGAAUGUAGAUGAUGCUUCCCACCAAGAGGCUUCCAGUACGGCUGUGUUUGUGAACACACGUCGGGGGAGAGGAAAAUGCAUCAAGAGAAAGAUCACUGAUGCUGCUGAGGCUGCUGACCCAGCCGAGUCUUGCAGCAGUGCAGGGGAGAAGAAGAAGAAAAGGAAGGUGACCCUGGACAAAGACUCUGAGAUGAAUGAAGCGGAGCCCCAGCUGCACCCAGACUCCAAGGACAAAACUCCUGUGCUGGCUGAAACAGAGAUGAAUGUGUUCCCGUCGUCUGGUUCUCGUACGGAAAAGGCACCGAAGGUGGUAAAAGGCGGUAAGAUCCCUCGUUACCAAGGUCUCCAGCAAAAGAGCAAGACUUUGUUGAAGCCCACAACUCCUAACUUUAAAAAGCUGCAUGAGGCCCAGUUCAACAAGAUGGAGUCCAUUGACAUCUACGUCCAGCGGAAGACAAAGCAGAUGGAGACGUACAAAAAUCCAGUCAAAGACCAGAAGAAGAGUUCAGCGCGUGCCACCAUGUUCAGCCCCGGCAACAAGACGCCGGCCGAGGAAAGGCGUCGCCACACUUUGCUCUCAGCCAGUAAAAUCCCUUCAAAAAAACCCACGCAAAAAGAAGACGGUCAUUUCAGACCCUCUGUCCUUUCUGCCCGCAGGGUCAAUGUUAGAUUCUCGGAGGCUACGCUCGAUAAUGAGUUCAAGAGGUCGCUGGUGAAGACGCCGGCACGGAUGUCGCCGUGCGUCGCCUCCAGUACCCCCCAAAAACCGACUGCAGACGCAGCAAAGCCGGCCGCCGCCAAGUCUUCAGGUUUAUCUGCCCAGAAAACUCCAGUAGUUGGUAGGGGCUCGUUUUGCAUGAAUUGCUGCAUCAAUGCAGUGUGGCAUGGAGGCGAUCAGCUGGUUCUGCUGAGGUCGCGAUAUCGGCAACCACUGUAUCGUCAUCUGAGCAAAUCGAUUUAUCGCAAUACAGCAGGACCCUUCAUUUUCACUGGUAACAUGAGUGCUUUAGGAACGCCUGGAACCCAAAAGAAACCUGCCUUCGACUUGAAGGCGAGUCUGUCGCGCCCCCUCACCUACAAGCCCCAUAAAGGUAAACUGAAACCUUUCGGAGAUGUCAAGGAAAACGCAGUAGAAAACCAGUCUGCGAUCGCCAAUCCUCGCCAAGAAAGUUACAAACAGACCAAAAUCCAGACAAGGGAGGACCGGCGAACCAAACAAAUGGAAAGCCGGAAGCAGAAAAAAGAAAACCUGCUCGGGGCGAGGAGAGGACUUGUGAUGACGUAGACGGGGUUAUUCUUCAAAAUGACGGCCAUUGGGAAAGCGUGAUGCUUUUUACUGUAAAUAUUUUGAUGUAGAAAAGCUCAGAUUUUCCCCAACCUGCAUUAUUUGUAGAGAUAUUUGCUUUAAAGCUUUGUUUCUGUUAAUGCCGCAAUUUUCUCUGCUAUCAAGUAGAAACUCUUGUUUAUGUAAAUUUUUAACAAGUGUUUUAUGUGCUUUAUUUUUACUUUCUUCUGAGGGGAAAACAUUUAAUGGCCCAGAACUUGAUUUAAAAAGCUGUUUGACAUGUAAACCCUUUUCUUAAUUGUGAUGUUUUAUUAUUGAAUUUUGUAAUAAAAUUCAAAAUUCCCAUGAGGAGAAAAAAAAAAGUUUAAUCUUUGUGAUAAUUGCUCUUUAAAGAACAUCAGCAGGGAUUCCUGUAGAGUAGGAAAAUAUUUCUACAUCU